GCCAUCCAAAGCCCAACUCGUUAUGGAGGCUGGAAACCCUUUUCCGGCGGGGAGUUUGUUAUCCCAGCAAUCCGCAGCUGCGGCGAAGUCGCUCUAAUGGCGCAGCCACCGCCCGAGACCCUGCCGCUCGCCGGCCGCCGGGUGGCGUUCACGACGCCGCAGACGGGCGGCGCCUCAUACGGCGGCCGCCUGGGCGCGCUCCUGCGGCAGCGCGGCGCGCGCCCGGUCCCCGUGCCCACCAUCGCCGUCCAGCCGCACGACCCCGACCGCCUCCGCCCCUUCCUCCUGCCGGGCGCCCUGGACCCCUUCGCCGCGCUCGCGUUCACCUCCCGCUCCGGCAUAUCCGCCUUCGCCCGCGCCCUCCCGCCCUCCUCCUCCCACCACCGCCCGCUCUCCGACGCCUCCGCGCUCCCCUUCACCGUCGCGGCGCUGGGCAGCGACGCGGACCUCCUCGACCGCGCCUUCCUCUCGCGCCUCUGCGGCGACGCCGGGACGAGGGUGGCCGUCCUCGUCCCCGCCGUGCCCACCCCGGCCGGCCUCGUGGAGGCGCUGGGCCCCGGGUCCGGCCGCCGCGUGCUCUGCCCGGUCCCGGACGUCGUCGGCCUGCGCGAGCCCCCCGUCGUGCCGGACUUCCUCGCGGGGCUCGAGGCGGCCGGUUGGGUUGCCGUGCGCGCGCCGGCGUACACCACGUCCUGGGCCGGCCCGGGCUGCGCGGAGGCGCUGGUGGGUGCGGACGCCGCCGCGCCCGACGCCGUCGUGUUCACGAGCACGGCCGAGGUGGAGGGGCUGCUCAAGGGGCUGGACGCCGCGGGGUGGACCUGGGCGCGGCUGAGGGCGCGCUGGCCCGGCAUGGUCGUGGCCGCGCACGGGCCGGUAACCGCCGCUGGCGCCAGGAGUCUCGGCGUCGAGGUGGACGUAGUGAGCGCCAGGUUCAGCAGUUUCCAUGGUGUUGUUGAUGCUCUUGCCACAACGUUUUCUCCCAAAAAGACAGUGUAAUUGGAUUUACUAUUGCAUCGACGGGAAUUCCGGAAGCAACCACAUUUCGUCCGACUGAUGUAUCAUGAAUCUAUUAUCUUUCA